UGUCCCUAAUCCCGGUCUCCACCCGGCUCCCCCGCCUUCUCGUUGCUGGCUGCAGAGACUGUCCUCCCUGGGGAGGGGCCCAGCCACCCGAGGUGCCCACUGCACCUCCACUUUGGAAAUACUGGUUUCGAUUUAGCCCUGGCUUUCCUUGAGCUGAUGGCCCUGAGAUGUGAGGCUCUUCAGCGAUAAAGGGGACAAUAUACAACAGCCCUCUUUUGAAAGGACGAAGCAAAAACCAUCACUGAAGGCUCCUGGCCAGAAGCCAGAGGGGGGUUGGCUGGCAGCAGGGAGAAACAACUUGCUGUUCUUCCUAGCUCUGAAACAGAAAAUGGCUACGGAUGGUGGAGGCGUCCCUCUCGCUGAGAACAAGGGGAGAGCCCAGGAGAUUUCAGGUCAGGGACAUCGCUGUCAAGACAUGCCCUCUGGGCUGGAGGAGACAGUGCCUUUGGCAGCUGCUCGGGUGUCACAGCACAUCAAGAUGGAGCCAGAAGAGCCGGACCCCGAGGGGGCUUUGCAGGAGGACAGGGCUCCAAGUGGAUGUGGCUGGGUGUCCCUAAGGCCUGGCUCUAAAGAGAAAGCUCUCUUCCUGCCUGCUGGAGCCCUUUCCUCACCCCAGAUCCCUGUGCUUUCCCGAGAGGGGAGGACCAGAGACCAGCAGAUGGCGGCCGCACUCCUCACAGCCUGGUCCCAGAUGCCCGUGACCUUUGAGGAUGUAGCUCUGUACCUCUCCCGGGAGGAGUGGGGACGGUUGGACCAUACACAGCAAAACUUCUACAGGGAUGUGCUGCAGAAGAAAAAUGGGCUGGCCUUAGGGUUUCCCUUCAGCAGGCCUUUCUGGGCCCCACAAGUGCCCAGGAAGGUUGAAGCCUCGAGCUCCAGAGGGCACACAGGAGCUGAGGAGGAGGACAGCAACCCUGGCUCAGGAGCCGCGGAGGUGGGGAAGGAGGCUCCAGCCAAGUCUGCGGUGGCCCUUGGGGAUGUGAAGCCUCUGUCCAGGACAGGGUGGGUGGCAGGGCAGGUCCUCCAGUGCAGGCAGCAAAUCACCAGCGACCAGAAUGUGGGGUCCACCAGAGACACUGUGCAGCCAACUCCUGGGGAAGCGAAACGGCCCGAGCUCACCCUGCCCAACGCCAGCACCCCGAAGGCCCUGGAGGGCUGCAUCUCGGAGAACCCCAGUGAAGAGGGAAAGGGCGCCCCUGAGAGUACUGAGGAGGGCCUGUGCCCUGAUGGCGAGGUGGGCAAGAAGAGCUAUAAAUGCGAGCAGUGCGGCAAGGGCUUCAGCUGGCAGUCACAUCUGGUCACACACCGGCGCACGCACACCGGAGAGAAGCCCUACGCCUGCACGGACUGCGGCAAGCGCUUCAGCCGCAGCUCGCACCUCAUCCAGCACCAGAUCAUACACACGGGCGAGAAGCCCUACACCUGCCCCUCUUGCUGGAAGAGCUUCAGCCACCACUCCACACUGAUCCAGCACCAGCGCAUCCACACCGGCGAGAAGCCAUACGUGUGCGACCGCUGCGCCAAGCGCUUCACCCGCCGCUCGGACCUGGUCACACACCAGGGCACACACACAGGCGCCAAGCCGCACAAGUGCCCCAUCUGUGGCAAGUGCUUCUCGCAGAGCUCAGCUCUGGUCACGCACCAGCGCACGCACACGGGCCUGAAGCCCUACCCGUGCCCCGAGUGCGGCAAGUGCUUCAGCCAGCGCUCCAACCUCAUAGCGCACAACCGCACGCACACGGGGGAGAAGCCCUACCACUGCCUCGACUGCGGCAAGAGCUUCGGCCACAGCUCGCACCUCACGGCCCACCAGCGCACGCACCGCGGCGUGCGGCCCUACGCCUGUCCGCUGUGCGGCAAGAGCUUCAGCCGCCGCUCCAACCUGCACCGUCAUGAGAAGAUCCACAGCAGCGGGCCCAAGGCGCUGGCCGUGCUCAUGCUGGGGGCAGCAGCCGCGGGGGCACUGGCUGCGCCCCCGCCAGCCCCUACCUAGAUGGGGGAAGGACGGGGUGGCAGGGCAGCUGGGACAGGCCCACUGAAAUCAGGGCCUUGGCAUGGGGAAUAGAGGGGCGAGGGAUGAGCGCUGGGGAGGUGCAGGUGUGGGGCGGGGAGUGGCAGCGUGGGGGGCGAGAAGGCGCCGUGGGCGAGCAAGCCACAAUAAAGGCCUUAGAAUGCAA